UAUAAAACGCCGCCUCCAGAUGUCAAGAUGUUAGUGGUAGAGUCACUGGUGCUGGUAACCUGCUGAAGAGCCAUGAGGAGCCUCUGACAUCCAGCUUGUCAAAGGCGUUUUUCCCCACAGCAUCACACCAUGGCCUGUCUGGGUGCCCUGUUAAUGCUGCUGCCCGUCGCUUGGUCCUGCACUCCCCAGAAAGCAGACUAUGUCAUGGUGUCGUGCUUCCCCAACGCCAUCAUCGCCAACGUCCCGGAGUGUCCCUACGGCUGGGAGAUCGAGCAGCUCUCCCUGGGCGGCGUCUGUUACACUGGAAUACACAGUCCGGGUUUCUACCGCUUCAUCAUCCCAGACCUGACGCCCAAAAACCACUCGUACUGCGGCACGCAGUCUGAGUACAUGCCCGGCAAAGACCCGAAGUACGUCUUCUUCAACUCCAUCGUGUCCAACGACACCUCGCUGACGGUCCGGAACCAGCCGGUCAACUACACGUUCAGCUGCAUGUACCGAGCAGCCUACCUGGUAAAUAACGCCGUGUUCAGCCAGAGAGUGGCUACAGUUUAUGUCAACAAUGGAAGUUUAGGCACUUUUAGAUCACAGUUGUCUAUGAACGUGUUCACGAACUCAAAGUUCCUGUACGCCAAGGAUGCUCCGUAUGUGAUCGACACGUCUGAGAUCGGAUCUGAAGUUUUCAUUGGCAUUGAGGCGAAGGGGCUCAGCAACAGGUUCAAAGUUGUCAUAAACAACUGCUGGGCGACGCCUACUCCGUACUCCACAGACAGGAAGCGGUGGAGUCUCAUCAUCAACAGCUGCUCCUCCGACAACACUGUGACCAUAUUCGAGAACGCCAAAGACAGCCGCUCCAUGUUCAAGUUCAACUCGUUCCGCUUCCAGCGCUUGGAGAAGGUGUCCACGGUGUGGCUGCACUGCGAGGUGCAGGUCUGUGAUGGCGAGAGGCUCACGUGUCAGCCUAGCUCCUGCUCCAUGAGAAGCCGGUCGGCGGAGGUGGAUCCCAGCGGAGGGAUCCUCACCGCAGAGUUCCACGUUAAAGGUAGCGGGUCUUCUAAUGACGGACACAUAGCUGGCACGUCGCUGCUCAUCCUUCUGGUCGUGCUGACAAACGCAUGUCGUGAUUUGGUAAACGGGACCAGAAUGUAGUCGAAUGUGCAUUUAAUCACUCGUUCACAGAGUUCAUCAUCACGAGGAAUCACUCCACGCUCAUGAUGUCGCCCACCUGUAACCAGCAGUAAUCAGUCCCCGUCCAAUAAAGAUGAAGUGAAAACGUUACAACACAUCUGUCCUUGUCCGCUCAAUAAACGUCAGAGAAUUAUGAGAAAAAACU